CCACAGAUACAUUUUUUAACAGCCUACUAGUUUGGAGAUGGCAUUUUGCAAGAUCAUCUGAGGAACAGGAAAGCAUCUGAAAUCUACUGAAAAGGAUAAGUGUAGCGGUUUUCACAGUGGAAGGAAACUCUAUUGGCACAGAGGCAGAUACUGAAUAAAGUAGUUGGCUCAAAGAAGAUGCACCGUCUGCUGUUUUUUCCCUCUGAAUGAAGACUUUAUUUAAUGGAAGCUGUAUUCAUGUGGAGAUCAAAGGAAUCGUUGGAAUGAUAAACUACUGGAGGGUUCUCGCUCAUUUUUAAAAAUGAAAAGCCUGAAGCAGUAACUUGAGCUCAGAUACCUUCUAAUUCUUUCGCAGCCUGCCUGCUUUAUUAGGAUUCUCAGCUAACACCAUUUCUGCCUGGUGCCUGUGCCCUUUCGCGGGAGCAGCCACAGACAACUGCCUGAUGGAGAAAGAAUGAAUGCUCUGCCUUGCUUAUGCUAUCGAUGGGAAUAAAGCAAUCUGUGUUUCUUCUUUCAUAUGGGAUAUCUGGAUUAAUUAGGCUGUAUUCUAGUACCAAGAGUCCUAUUGUCUCUCGUGGUCUGACUCAUCGCAUGUAAAUGUACUGCAGCUUUGCUAUUAAUGCAGAGUUGCUUUUUUCUUUCCGAAACACAGAGAGAAUUGUCGACCUCUGCGCUUCAUUUUUAGAAUUUGUGCUGGGCUCUAGAUGCAUUUUUUAGCCUCUGGAUAGUAUCUACGGUAAACCAUUGAAGCUGAAGAAAUGAAGACAAAUUAGAAGUGGAAGCAGAAUAGUGAGAUUUUAUUUUUUAUUUUCAGCUCUAAGCAAGCAGGUUACUGGUAACUAUAUGACCUUGCAGGCAAGAGUGUGGGUAUAGCUGUAAUCAUCUCUGUCACAGCAGUUUCUCAUUUCAUUCUGCAUCGUGUAGUGUUGUCAUCAAAAACAGUGAUCUUUUUAUGCAAGUCAAUUUCUGUGAAACAGCAAUAUUACUAUUUUGGCAGGAAAAAUUUUUUUAAAUGAGCUUGUACUGGAAUGCAGUAUUACUUAUUGUAAUGUUGGGAAAUUUCUUUUAAGUAAUCGAACAGAAAAUAAUAGAAUUCUGUUGCUUUAGGAAGUUGUAAGUUAUGUGGUCGUGAUUUUAAACUUCAGUCUUUAUGCUAGUGCUUAUUAACUUUAAAAAAUCAACUGCGCUGUUCAGAGAAUGAUUCUAAGUGUUAUACAGAAGAGAAGGAAAAACUACUUGGGCGCUUCCAACUCUGACUUUUACCACAUAGCUUGGAAUUUAUUAUUUUAAGAGAGCGAAUGAGUCGAGUGUGUAUUGUUGUUUUGGAGGAGGUAGAAGAUGAACCUCCUGAAUUCAUUUCUAAAUUGCCACAGGAAAAUAAAUCCCUAUAUUCUCCACCUCCUGGAAAUGUAUUGCCAUCAUUGGUGCAAGCUAUAUUUAAUGGAGAUCCUGAUGAAGUUCGAGCGCUAAUAUUUAAGAAAGAAGAUGUUAAUUUUCAGGACAAUGAAAAGAGAACUCCGCUACAUGCUGCUGCCUAUCUUGGAGAUGCAGAAAUUAUUGAACUGCUUAUUUUAUCUGGAGCUAGAGUUAAUGCCAAAGACAACAAAUGGUUGACACCUUUACACAGAGCAGUUGCAUCUUGUAGUGAGGAGGCAGUUCAAGUACUUUUGAAGCAUUCUGCAGAUGUUAAUGCUCGAGACAAAAACUGGCAAACCCCUUUACAUAUAGCUGCUGCUAAUAAAGCUGUCAAGUGUGCUGAAGCUUUGGUACCUCUGCUGAGUAAUGUAAACGUAUCCGAUCGAGCAGGGAGAACUGCUUUACAUCAUGCAGCUUUCAGUGGACAUAGUGAGAUGGUCAAAUUAUUGUUGUCUAGAGGCGCCAAUAUUAAUGCUUUUGACAAAAAAGAUAGACGUGCUAUCCAUUGGGCAGCAUAUAUGGGUCAUAUGGAAGUAGUGAAAUUACUUGUGACACACGGAGCUGAAGUGACGUGCAAGGAUAAGAAGUUGUACACACCUCUUCAUGCAGCAGCCUCCAGUGGAAUGAUCAACGUUGUCAAAUAUCUUCUAGAUCUUGGAGUUGAUAUGAACGAACCAAAUGCCUAUGGAAAUACACCUCUUCAUGUAGCCUGCUACAAUGGACAGGAUGUUGUAGUGAACGAACUUAUAGACUGUGGUGCUAAUGUAAAUCAGAAGAAUGAGAAAGGAUUUACUCCUUUGCACUUUGCCGCUGCAUCAACACAUGGAGCCUUGUGUUUAGAACUUCUAGUUGGUCGUGGGGCUGAUGUUAAUAUGAAGAGCAAAGAUGGUAAAACCCCACUGCAUAUGACUGCCCUCCAUGGUAGAUUCUCCAGAUCACAAACCAUUAUCCAGAGUGGAGCUGCAAUAGACUGUGAGGAUAAGAAUGGAAACACUCCUUUACACAUAGCUGCACGGUAUGGCCAUGAGCUGCUAAUCAACACUCUUAUUACAAGUGGUGCUGACACUGCAAAGCGUGGCAUACAUGGAAUGUUCCCCCUCCAUUUGGCAGCCUUAAGCGGUUUUUCAGAUUGCUGCAGGAAACUCCUUUCUUCUGGCUUUGAUAUAGAUACCCCAGAUGAUUUUGGCCGGACCUGUCUGCAUGCAGCAGCAGCUGGAGGGAACUUGGAGUGCCUAAACCUUCUGCUGAAUACUGGUGCUGCAGAUUUCAAUAAAAAGGACAAAUUUGGAAGAUCUCCACUGCACUAUGCUGCUGCCAACUGCAAUUACCAGUGCCUGUUUGCUCUUGUGGGAUCAGGAGCAAGUGUUAAUGACCUUGAUGAAAGAGGCUGCACACCCCUGCACUAUGCAGCUACGUCAGACACAGAUGGCAAGUGCCUGGAAUACUUACUAAGAAAUGAUGCAAAUCCAGGGAUUCGAGACAAGCAAGGAUACAAUGCAGUACAUUAUUCAGCUGCUUAUGGUCACCGUCUAUGUCUUCAGUUGAUUGCAAGUGAAACUCCUUUAGAUGUUUUAAUGGAAACCUCAGGAACAGACAUGUUGAAUGAUUCUGACAACAGGGCAACAAUAAGUCCUUUGCACUUGGCUGCCUAUCAUGGUCACCAUCAAGCACUUGAAGUGUUAGUACAGUCUUUGCUAGAUCUUGAUGUCAGAAAUAGUAGUGGAAGAACACCUUUAGAUCUUGCAGCAUUUAAGGGCCAUAUUGAGUGUGUUGAUGUACUCAUCAAUCAGGGAGCCUCAAUCUUGGUGAAAGAUUACAUUUUGAAGAGGACACCUAUACAUGCAGCAGCAACAAAUGGUCAUUCCGAAUGCUUACGGCUACUUGUAGGAAAUGCAGAACCACAGAAUGCAGUAGAUAUUCAAGAUGGAAAUGGACAGACUCCUCUGAUGCUGUCUGUCCUCAAUGGGCACACAGACUGUGUCUACUCCCUGCUGAAUAAAGGAGCAAAUGUAGAUGCCAAAGAUAAAUGGGGGAGAACAGCAUUACAUAGAGGGGCAGUUACAGGCCAUGAAGAAUGUGUGGAUGCAUUACUUCAACAUGGUGCUAAGUGCUUGUUUCGGGAUAGCAGGGGUCGAACCCCCAUUCACUUGUCAGCUGCUUGUGGACAUAUUGGUGUUCUUGGAGCUCUUUUGCAGUCAGCAUCAUCUAUGGAUGCAAAUCCAGCCAUAGCAGACAAUCAUGGAUAUACAGCACUUCACUGGGCUUGUUACAAUGGUCAUGAAACAUGUGUAGAACUUCUUUUAGAACAGGAAGUUUUCCAGAAAAUAGAAGGAAAUGCUUUCAGUCCAUUGCAUUGUGCUGUGAUAAAUGACAAUGAAGGUGCUGCUGAGAUGUUAAUUGAUGCAUUAGGAGCCAGCAUUGUGAAUGCCACAGAUUCGAAAGGAAGAACUCCUCUCCAUGCGGCCGCCUUCACAGACCAUGUAGAGUGUUUACAGCUGCUGCUCAGCCAUAAUGCUCAAGUCAAUUCCGUGGACUCUUCUGGGAAAACACCUCUCAUGAUGGCAGCAGAAAACGGACAAACAAAUACAGUUGAGAUGCUGGUUAGCAGUGCUAGUGCAGAUCUGACUUUACAAGAUAACAGUAAAAACACUGCCCUCCAUUUGGCUUGCAGCAAGGGUCAUGAAACUAGUGCCUUGUUAAUACUGGAAAAGAUUACAGAUAGGAACCUCAUCAAUGCAACCAAUGCAGCCUUGCAAACACCUCUGCAUGUUGCUGCCCGAAAUGGGCUGACAAUGGUGGUUCAGGAACUGUUGGGGAAAGGAGCAAGUGUCCUUGCAGUAGAUGAAAAUGGCUACACCCCAGCUUUGGCCUGUGCUCCCAAUAAGGAUGUGGCUGAUUGCCUCGCUCUCAUCUUGGCCACCAUGAUGCCUGUCUCAGCAAGUAACUCUUUAUCAUCCCUGACCUUCAAUGCCAUUAACCGUUAUACCAACACCUCAAAAACAGUUAGCUUUGAAGCUUUGCCUAUCAUGAGGAAUGAACCUAGCUCCUAUUGCAGUUUCAACAAUAUUCUCGGGCAGUUCUUAUAUACUGAUGUGGAUGAGCUCAAUGACUCGGAUUCCGAGACCUACUAAGAAGCUGAGCCAGAGUUCCAGGAAGGACACUCUGACACUAAUGUUUCAAACUGUGCUUUUUCAGGAAAAGGGCACUUUCUUAUUCACGUACAAAUUCAACCUAAGAGGAAGGAUCACAGAACAGGCGAAAUGUAAGAAAAGGAUGACAUUAAGAAGAAAUUUAAAGGCAAGUUUGCAAAAGGAACUUCUAGAAUCUUGAAGUAGACUUGACCAGAAGAAACUGUUUUGAUGUCAAAUUGCUUUGCGGAAUCUUUAGAUUUGAUUUUGCAGUGCCAGGAGUAAUUUGGGACGCUGUGCACCCUAAUCUGCUUACACACACUAUUAUUAAAGAAGAGAUAAGGACACUAGAUUUGAUUUUUACCAAUAAAACUAUCAAUUUAAAGGCAAUAAAAGUUUGGUACAGUAGGCAUUGUGUGCACAGUAAAUUGCCAAAGGACCAAAUAACUUUAAGGUUUUUAAUGAAUGCCAUUUGUGGAAACUGCAGGUGUAGGUGAGAUGAGGUGUUCUCUAAACCAAACUGUAAUAUUUCUGAAAAUGAAGUGAGAUUUGGUUUUAAAUGUUUUUUUAAAGAAAACAUCUGAAAGCCUUCUAAUAAUGUAUUAAACCAUGAGAGAAAGCAGGUGUAUUUUUACAUUUUUUUCUUUUACAUAAAAAUUUAAGAAUUCCAACUUUUAUAAUACUAGACUUGAAAACCAGCUGACUGGGUGCAGUCAGGAUGAAAAUUCCUGUGAUGUAAAUUUAAGAUGGAUUGGGCUCAGGCUAUUGCCCAGUUAUGGAUGGUGUAGGUUUUUAAUUCAACUAUUUUUGUUUGGAAAAUGUAAAGAAUUUCCUAGAAGAAAAAAAGUCAUGAAAUCAAAAAGAACAUUAUUUUCACCCUGUUGCAGCUAAGUGGUUCUGGGUAAUGGUGUUUUCAGUCUCACUACCUUGGAUGGUAUACCUUUGUCACUUAUGUUCCCUUGUGCCUCCACAAUGGAUUGGUGAGUUGCCAUUUUUUAAGGAAGAAUCAAAAGAAAAAAUCCUUUAUUGUAAGUUAUCAUCAUCAAGUCUCUUAAAAGACUUUUCUGUGUUGGGCAAGAUUUAAAAUCCGAAAGCCUUUAGGUCCUGUUCACAUUUAUGUAGCAUGUUGUAACAUGUUACUAUUUGGGGAAAGAAGCAAUUGCCUACAGAAUUGGAAGACUGCCUUCCAAGUACAAAAAAAGAGAAGACUGACAUGAAGGCUUUUAAAGAAUUUAUAUGGUUCUGCUUUUCCUGUAACUGUCACUUUCCCAGUGAGAGAAUGAGUUCACGUACAUAGGGGCUCUUUAAAAAGUCUGGGUAACGGUCCAUAAAUUUUCGCAGAAUACCCAAUUUCAUUUUAUCCUUUUUGUAUUGUGAAACUGGAAACUUUAUGACAUUGUAAAUUAUCAGCUGGUUUUUCUGAAUAUAAAGUGUGAAAACACAGAACAGUAUUUUGAUCUAUUUGAUAAUUUUGUGGGGUUUUUGAAGAAUUAAUGAGCAUGUACAUAGAAAUAGUGACUGCUUGAAUACUGUAUUUACUUGCACUCUUUCAGUACAUCAAGAUUUCUGUAUAUUUUAGAGUAUAAUAAAACACAAAUGUGAGUUGUAUUUAAUGAAUAAUGUAUUUGUAUCUGUGCAUAUUACCUAAAAAUCUAUAAAGUUUCUAGGGCAUUGACUACUAAUUUUAAGCAUUUUUUCUAAACUAUUUACAGAAAUUACAAAUGUAAUCCUCCAUCUUUUCUUUUUAAUAUAAAAAAGUCCUAAUGGACCCCCUCCUCCUUAUAGUGAUAGGAAGGGGAGAUAUGCAUUUUAAAGACAGCAGACUACAUUUUCUAUUGUACCUUUUGAAAAAAAAAUCACUCGAGGAUUCUAAAGGUAUACGUAUGUGUGCUUUCUCUUUCCUUUUAGGAAUUCUCUUCUGAAUUCCCUGAGGGAAUUUUCUAGAAUCUCAGAAUUGAAAGAGACCCUCUGAGGUUCAUCCAGUCUAACCUCUUAACAAAUGCAGGAGUCCCUUCUACAAGGGUGAUCUUUCCACCUUGAACACUUCCAGUGACUCUACCUCACCAAGCAGUCCAUUCGGUUGUUGAGCAGCUCUAAGUGUUAGAAAGGUCUUCCUUAGAUGGCAUUGAAGCCUCCCUCUCAGUAACCUCCGUCCUUGGGCCCGGGUCUGUCCUCCAAGAGAACGCUGAGGACAUUGGAAGGAUGAAUCGCGCCUGCCAUGUCUUCUCUUUCACAGGCUAUUUUUGCAUCUGCUGAAGUGAUUUCCAGAAGGACUCAUUAGACACACCGUUAGAUUUGUGGCAUCUGAUGAAAUCCAAGGUGUAGCUACAAAGUAACAAGCUGUUUUUAAUUUCUCCUCACACAUUCCAGAACUUAGAUCUUGCAUCACUGUUUGUAAACGAUGCUCCUUCUGAAAAUAUUUGUGAGGUGGUUCUUUGAAUUGCUUGCUCAGCAGGAAAAUUCCAUUGCUUUGUGAUCGCACUUUGUGAUAGCAUUUUGUGAUAGUCUGUUUAUCUCCCAGCUUGAUCAACCAUUUCUUUAGGUCUGCACCAAAUGUGGGUUAAUCCCAAGGUAAAUAGUAUUUGGACAGUAUUGGUAUUGUUGGAGUAAGUCCAUGGACAACUUAAAUGAAUGAACACAGCAAGUUCCUUUAUAGUUACACCUUGUAUGUCAAAAGCAUUCAGGUCUGUCGUAUUUUUUAUUCUCGCACAAAAUAGAAAAGCCUGUUUGCUUUUUUAACUUCUGCAUGAAAGAUGACAUCUGAAAUAUCUGAUAUGUAUUUUAAUACCAGCUUCUGCUCUAGAACUACUUUGGGAGAAAUGGUGGUAAUUGCAAAUGACCUCCUUUAACAAGACAAGACACUCAACUCAGUGCCAUUUUAGUUCAGGAGAUACCUAAAUAUAGCUGUCAGUUGGGGUGUAAUUUGGCUUAUAUUGGACCUUUUAAAUGAAAUAAAGUUUUUUAAUGCAAUAAA